AUUACACCAAACAACAAUAGUAAGUCCACUUUUGCUAUACAGAACACCAAGAGGAACAAUGACAUCUACCUUAAGAGCGCCUUUCCAGCUCCAUGCCACAGUGGGUUUGGUUUUCCUCAUCUGUGGUCUCAUCAUAUCAAUCAAUGCCGAUUGCAAUGUCUGCAAUGCACGCACUGGAACGGCAUGCAUAUCCAAAACCGAAUAUAAGCCCUGUUUCAACAAUGUUCCUUUUGGCAAUGAGGUAUUCAAUUGCUCUGAGGGUCAAUAUUGUUCCAUAACAGGAGCUUGCGAAGAAGUUGAAGCUCUAGCUGAGUGUAAAGAAUGUGGAAUGUGUGAUGCGACAAAAACUUUCGCCUGCAUUAGCACAACAGAAUUUGCGCUUUGUCUUGGUAAUAGUCGGCCGUCCGAAGUAAGGGCCCAAUGUUCCGAGAACGCAAAGUGUAACAUCAAUAAUCCCUAUAUUUGUGGUGAAGAUCCUCCAACAUGUUCCAUAAGGGAUGAUCCACCAACCACUACCGCAGCUCCGGAAACAACUACGACUACGACCACCACCCCCUCACCUCUGGAAGACCCCAGUGGAUUCUGCAGCAACAUUCAAGAAGAGGGCCGUUAUCCAGUUGGAACAGAUCCCGCAACCACUUGCCAUCAGUACAUUAAUUGCAUUAAAGUCGGAGAUGAUUGGUAUGGCCCUCUCUACAAUUGUCCCGGCCAAACCUAUUAUGAUAGCGCCAAACGCACUUGCGUUACGGCAUUACCACCACUUUGCAACACAAAAGUGAAGCAUUUAGCUUUCCGUCAUAUUUUACUAGAAUAGAUAGCAUAUUCGGUGGAUUGGGUAGCUCAUUCAUCAUUCUAGUAAGGGCUUAUUUUAAAGUAUUAAAAUAUUUUUUCGCCUACUAUGAGUAUUCAAAAAUAUAUUGAAAAUAAAAGAUAUGCAGCAAAUUUUAAAA